AUGCCUGGCGAGCGCACUCUCAAAAACUACCUCCCAGACGACACCUCCUGGUCCAAUCAGACCGUCGAAGUUCUCAAAACUCAAUGCAUCAGGCGCGACCUGACUUUCACCACUGGACACCGGAAGGAGCUUGAGUCCCUUCUCAAGACACACCGUUACACCCACAAUCCUCCGGGGAAGGCCUCUCGGAUCAAAGACUACAGCGAUCUGGAAGCUGGGAUCUGGGCAAAGAACUUCACGCUGACGCCGGGCGGUGAAGAGAGAAUUACCGUCGUGGUUGGCGAAGAAAACAACUACGUCCUCCGUUACCUCCUAAACUGCCCCGAGCCCCUGCGAUGGCAGUCAUCCUUCCUCCCAUCAGAGCUUGGCGAGAUCUUCAGACUCAGCCAUCUCUAUCACCAUCUCAACUCCGGCGGACAUCCAGAUCCCUUCUGCGCAAUCUGCUUUAAGCCAAUGAGCUUCACCGCCCGAAAGCAGUGUGGCAUCGGCAGACACCUUGUACACCCGAGGUGCAUGGAGAUUUUCUACAAUGCGAGGAACCUCCCAAACAGCGGAUCUGAGCAUGGCUGUGUGCUGUGCGAGGACGCUGACGAGUUGGUCUGGGAGGUGAAAUGGAGCGGACUGCUGCCCGGAAGUCUGGCCGGUAAGUCCCCAUCCAACAACAAGAGCAAGGCCAAGAAGGAGCCCAUCCCCGUCCUUACCAACGCAGAUGGAGAGUAUGAGGCCGGACAAGAACUCGAGAUCAUCAAGACAUACGCCGAACACAAGGGCGGCCCGCAAAGGAUUAUAGUUUUCUGA